AUGUUGUCAAGACUCAGUCAGCCAUUGCUCGCCACAUCAGCAAAAAUUCUUGCGCCAGCGUCAAGAAAUCUUAUGCUUCACGAGCAUCAUGGUAUGAAGAUUCUUGAGAGUUAUGAUAUCAAAGUUCCACCAUUCGGUGUUGCCAAGGAUGCUGAAACUGCUCGUGCUGCUGCCACAAAAAUCGGCGGAAAAGACUACGUUGUCAAGGCUCAAGUUCUUGCCGGAGGUCGUGGAAAAGGACGUUUCUCUUCAGGACUUCAAGGAGGUGUUCAAAUUGUCUUCACGUAAGUUUUCCCUAGAAAUAUAUUUAUAAUUUUCAUCUAUUUUCAGACCAGAUGAGGUCAAGGAGAAAGCCGGAUUGAUGCUUGGCGCCAAUUUGAUUACAAAACAAACCGAUCAUCGUGGAAAGAAAUGCGAAGAGGUACAUUCUCUUAUCUUUGAAAGAUUUUUGCAUCAGCAUUCACGUGAAAAAGACUUCGAAACAUGUGAAUGGAACGUGAUUGUUUGAGUGCAGGGGAAACCGUUUUGCAAACACGGAAAAAAUAAAUAGAAAUAAAAUUGGAGUGAUUAUUGAUGUUAUGAAAUUGGAACUGCAUUGGUGAAAUUACACUGGAGCAGAUCUGAAAAUUUUGAAACUCAAGCGCUCACUUUGUGACUGUAAAUUUGUUUCUGUCUCUGAAAAUUUCACGUCAGAGAAUUUUUAUGCAGAUCUACUGAAUUCACUUGAUUUUUGGUCUAAUUUGAUGAGCAGAUUUCUAGUCAAGCUCUUCAGAUCUCACUCAUCUUUCAUUGUAUCUGAGCCAAGGUUCUGAUAAUUCAACAACAAUUUUCCCGGCUUUAAGCACAAAAAACAUUCUAUUUUUCCAGGUUAUGAUUUGCAAACGUCUCUUCACUCGCCGUGAAUACUACUUCUCGAUCACCCUCGACAGAAACACCAACGGACCAAUCGUGAUUGCUUCAUCCGAAGGAGGAGUCAACAUUGAAGAAGUUGCUGCCACCAAUCCAAACGCCAUCGUCAAAAUGCCAAUCGAUAUCAACGUUGGAAUCACUCCACAAAUCGCUGCAACAAUCGCCGAAAAAAUGGGAUUCUCAAAAGACUGUGAAACUCAAGCUGCUGCCAUCAUUGAAAAACUCUACAAAGUCUUCCGCGGAUCUGACGCCACUUUGGUCGAAAUCAAUCCAAUGGCUGAAGAUGUCAAUGGUGAUGUUUAUUGUAUGGAUUGCAAACUUCUUCUUGAUUCCAACGCUGAAUUCCGUCAAGAUAACUUGUUCAGUUUGAAGGAUAAGAAACAAGAAGAUCCACUUGAGGUAAGACAACACGUGGUGGUCAAUCAUCUAGACGCUUUCGCGACCUUGAUAAGAUUUUUUUUUUGGAAAAAUGGAAGAAUAUAGAGAAUGAGGAAGAGAGAAAAAGACAUCAUAAAUGGGGAGAGAAUGUUUUAAUGGGGUAAAAUGAGAAUUUGAACUUUUGUUCGCCGAUUUUCGUUGACAAUGUGAUCAAAACUAGAAAAUAUGAUUCAUGAUGAAAUCUCAAAAAAACAUCACAUCAUCUGGAAGACCUUACUAAUGUAAUUUUUUUGUUUCAGAUCAGAGCUGCCGCUUCAAACCUCAACUACAUCCGCCUUGAUGGAAACAUUGGAUGUAUGGUCAACGGAGCUGGUCUUGCUAUGGCUACUAUGGAUAUCAUCAAACUUCACGGAGGUGAACCAGCCAAUUUCUUGGAUGUCGGAGGUGGUGCCACUGUUGCUCAAGUUACUGAAGCUUUCAAAAUUAUCACCGCCGACAAAACCAAAGUCAACGCUAUCUUGGUCAAUAUUUUUGGUGGAAUCAUGAGAUGCGAUGUUAUUGCACAAGGAAUUAUUCAAGCCGCUAAAGAAUUGAACCUUAAAAUCCCAAUUGUCGUCAGAUUGCAAGGAACUAAAGUUGAAGAUGCGAAGGCAUUGAUUGCAACAUCAGAACUUCGAAUUUUGCCAUGUGAUAAUCUUGAUGAAGCAGCAAAAAUGGUUGUCAAACUUUCGAAUAUUGUUGAUUUGGCUCGUGCUACCAAUAUUGAUGUCAAAUUCGAAUUAUCUAUCUAA